AUGGCUGGCAACAUCCUCGCCUCCGGCCUGGCCAAGGUCGCCCACGGCACUGAAGGCAAGAAGAUCGCCGAUCUGGAAAGGGAGUCCAAGAACUACCAGGACUCGAACAACAGGGAAACCUCUGACUGGGGUGUGAAGAAGACCAACACCGAUGACUGGCUGAAGGUUGCCAGCGAGGGCAAGACUGGCCCUAUGUUGCUGGAGGACCACUUCGCCCGUGAGAAGAUCAUGCGCUUUGAUCACGAGCGCAUUCCUGAGCGUGUUGUCCAUGCCAGAGGUUCGGCUGCCUUUGGAAAGUUCACUUUGUUUGAGAGCGCCUCAGACGUCACCGAUGCUGCCGUCCUGACCGACACCUCGAGAGAGACCCCUGUCUUCUUGCGCUUUUCCACCGUUCUGGGCAGCCGCGGCAGUGCUGACACUGUUCGCGAUGUCCGUGGCUUCGCUGUCAAGUUCUACACCGAGGAAGGAAACUGGGACAUCGUUGGCAACAACAUCCCCGUCUUCUUCAUCCAGGACGCAAUCAAGUUCCCCGAUGUCAUUCACGCUGGAAAGCCUGAGCCCCACAACGAAGUCCCGCAAGCCCAGUCUGCCCACAACAACUUCUGGGACUUCCAGUUCCUGCACACCGAGGCCACGCACAUGUUCAUGUGGACCCAGUCCGACCGUGCCAUUCCCCGUUCUUACCGUAUGAUGCAGGGCUUUGGUGUCAAUACCUAUACCCUGACCAACGACAAGGGGCAGAGGCAUUUCGUCAAGUUCCACUUCACUCCCGAACUUGGAGUCCACUCGUUUGUUUGGGACGAGGCUCUCAAGAUCGCUGGCCAGGACCCUGACUUCCACCGCAAGGACCUCAUGGAGGCCAUUGAUAUGGGCGUCUACCCCAAGUGGAAGUUUGGCAUCCAGGUCAUCCCUGAAGCUGAGGAGGACAGCUUCGAGUUCGACAUUCUGGACGCCACCAAGGUCUGGCCCGAGGAGCUUGUGCCUAUCCGCUACAUUGGUGAGCUUGAGCUCAACCGCAACGUCGAUGAGUUCUUCACCCAGACCGAGCAGGUGGCCUUCUGCACCUCCCACGUCGUUCCCGGCAUUGGUUUCUCGGAUGAUCCGUUGCUUCAGGGCCGCAACUUCUCUUACUUCGAUACUCAGCUGUCCCGCCUCGGCAUCAACUGGCAGGAGUUGCCAAUCAACCGCCCGGUCUGCCCCGUCAUGAACCAGAAUCGCGACGGUGCCAUGCGCCACGGUAUUCACAAGGGAACUGUCAACUAUUGGCCCAACAGAUAUGGCGCCUGCCCUCCUGCCACAGCCGCAGAAGGAGGCUACGUAGAGUACCCGGAGAAACUUGUUGGUAUCAAGUCGCGCCUACGCAGCAAGAAGUUCCAAGAGCAUUUCAACCAAGCCCAACUGUUCUACAAUUCUCUUUCUGAGCCUGAGAAGUCUCACGUUGCGGCCGCGCUGUCAUUCGAGCUGGACCACUGUGAUGACCCUGUGGUUUACGAGCGCAUGAGCCAGCGCCUGGCUGAGAUCGACCUUUCCCUGGCGCAGCAGGUUGCCGAGAUGGUUGGCGGUGAAAUCCCACAGGACACCCCCCGCCCCAACCAUGGCAAGAAAGCCAAGGGUCUCAGCCAGAUGGAGUUUCUGCCCAAGGAGCCGACCAUUGCUUCUCGCCGUGUAGCCAUCAUCAUCGCCGACGGUUUCGAUCCGGCCGCCUACGCCGGCAUCAAGGCCGCAUUGACCGCAGCGAAGGCCUUCCCCUUCACUAUUGCGACUCGCCGUUCGCCUAUUUUCGCUGCUGGUGAGGAUCGCAAGACCGGAAAGGGUGUCAAGCCCGACCACCACCUUGAAGGCAUGCGUUCGACCAUGUUCGACUCCGUCUUCAUUCCUGGCGGCGCCGAUUCCAUUGCCACGCUUCGGAAGAGUGGGCGCGCGCUGCACUGGGUGCGUGAGGCAUUUGGUCAUCUCAAGGCCAUCGGCGCAUGCGGCGAGGCGGUCGAAUUUGUCAAGGACGCCGUUGCCCUUCCUGAUGUUCAGCUCUCUGGGUCCGGAGAGACGCAGGUUUCGUACGGUGUGGUUACCGCGGCCAAGAUCACCCCGGAGAGUUUCAAGGAGGUUUUCAAGAUGGCAAAGGGUGCUAAGGACUUCGUGGAUGCCUACUUCUACGAGAUCUCACAGCACAGGAGCUGGGAACGGGAAACGAGUGGCCUGAGCACCCAGGUGGCGUACUAG